UAGUCUGAAAGCCCAUCUUGAUAAUAAUAACUUAAAUAUUCCUGUGCACCAACAUAUCUCUGCCUAAUACGGAUAAAGAAUUUCCAUUUGUAUUCGUUGGAGAUGAAGGUUUUCCUUUAAGUACAAAGGUUCUGAUACCUUAUUCACGAGAUACAUGUGGGAACAAAAAUAAAAGGAUAUUUAACUACAGAUUAUCCAGAGCGCGUAAUAAAUCUGAAAACGCUUUUGGAGUCAUGGGAGCAAGAUUCCAAAUUUUUAGAUCAGCGAUGCGUUAUGAUCCUGAUGACGCAUCAAAAAUUAUAUUAGCUUGCUGCUGUCUACAUAACAUUUUGAGAACUGAAGUAGUGGAAAGACAUAUGUAUACUCCUUCUGAAUUUAUUGAUGAAGAAGAUGGACUCCUACAUAGAUUUCAUCCAGGGGAAUGGCGGCAAGAACCUGCUCUUGGAAUGAUAAAUUUGAGAAAUCAAGGAGGCAAUCGUCAUGCUAAUGCUGCCUUACAACUCAAAGAUGAAUGGUGUAAUUAUUUCAAUGGAGAAGGAGCUGUUCCAUGGCAAGACUAUAUAAUAAAUAAAUAA